AUGGCGGCCUUCGUGACGCGGCGCGCGCUGCCUCGCGCAAGCUGCCUCGCGGCUGCCUUCGCGGUAGUCGCGGCCGCCUCUGCCUUCCGUCUCGGCGCCGCGGCGGCGAGCGGCGGGCCGGGCGACUGGCGCGUGGUGAGCGCCGGCGCGCUGCGGCCGAGCGCGGUCUGCACGCCUGCGGAAGGUGCAGGGGCAUCAAACUCGUCGGCUCUCAAGGUCGUGCACCGGCACGGCCCAUGCUCGCCGCUGCGUUCACGCGGCGCCGCACCGUCUCCUGUCGAGAUCCUGGACCGGGACCGGGACAGAGCCAACUCCAUGCUCCGUAAGAUCGCCGGCGCGUCCGCGACCAACGCAGCCCGAGCCUCGAUGGGCGUGCGCCUGCCGGCGCACUGGGCCACCGCCUCUCUCGGCACCAACAACUACGUCGUCACGGUCGGCCUCGGGACGCCGGCGAGGUACUUCACGGUGGAGUUCGACACCGGCAGCGACCUGUCGUGGGUACAGUGCAAGCCCUGCAAGGACUGCUACGAGCAGAACGACCCGCUCUUCGACCCGGCCAAGUCGCGGACGUUCUCCACCGUGCCCUGCGGCGCGCGGGAGUGCCGGGAGCUCCCCUCACGGACCUGCUCGCCGGACAACAGGUGCCGGUUCGAGUGCGCGUACGCCGACGGCUCGCAGACCGACGGCGACCUCGCGCGCGACACGCUGACGCUGACGCCGUCCGACGCGAUCCCGGGCUUCGUCUUCGGGUGCGGGCACGAGAACAGCGGGUUCUUCGGCACGGAGGAUGGGCUCAUCGGCCUCGGCCGCAAGAGCGUGUCGCUGUCCUCGCAGGCGGCGAGCAGGCACGGCGCGGGGUUCUCCUACUGCCUGCCGUCGCUGUCGAGCGGCACCGGGUACCUGGCCCUCGGCGGCGCCGCGCCCGCGAACGCGCAGUUCACGCCGAUGGUGCCCAGCCGGGACCUGCCGUCGCUGUACUUCCUCCGGCUCACCGGCAUCGUGGUCGCCGGCAAGGCGGUGAAGGUCCCCGCGGCCAGCAUGCUGAUCGACUCGGGCACCCAGCUCACGAACCUCCCCGACGGCACCUUCGCCGCGCUCUGGUCGGUGUUCGCGCGCCUGAUGGGCGGGUACAGGAGGGCGCCGGGCCUGUCGUUCCUGGACACGUGCUACAACUUCACCGGCCGCGCCGCGCUGCAGGUGCCGUCGGUGGCCCUGGUGUUCGCCGGCGGCGCCACGGUGAGCCUCGACGUCAGCGGGGUCCUGGUGAGGCUGGGGUCGGACGAGCCCCACGUGGCGUGCCUGGCGUUCACGUCCACCGGCGACGACGCGCCCGUCGGCAUCCUCGGGAACACGCAGCAGAAGACGUUCGCCGUGGUCUACGACGUGGCCAACCAGAGGGUCGGGUUCGGCGCCAAGGGCUGCGCCUGAAUUCGUUUCCGUGAUUCCUACACGAUCACCGGUUUAAAGGAAAAGAACCAAAACUUCUCGAUGCAAGUCGGUUUGUCCGAUCCGCAAGCGGCAACGAGGAGUCAUUUGCUAA